GACAUACUCGCGCGCACGAGAGCGUUUAAUGCAUAUGAACAGAGAUAUAUUUUAUAUGUAGCUGUACAUGUGACGGAAUUGGAUAAUUAUAGUUUGUUCAGUGCAUACAUACAGACACAGUGCGAGUUAUUACAUAAAGUUUGCUGUAGAAUCGUCGUCAGACCUGAUAUUAUAACAACCAUUGCUCCGCUUAUAUCAAUAUGAAGUUGUUAUCAAUUGUUCUCGUGAUUUUAACGAGCUGCGACCAAAUCGCCAAUACAUACCGGAUCCUCGGCAUAUUUCCGCUUCACGGACCGAGUCAUUGGGUCAUGAUGCAACCUUUAAUGAAAGGUUUGGCGCAACGUGGCCAUCAAGUAGACGUUGUCUCGCAUUUCCCGCAGAAGAAGCCGAUACCAAACUACACAGACAUUAGUUUGGUCGGCUCUAUGCCCGAAAUUCAGAACAACAUGUCCGCGUCUGAAGCUUUGUCGUUCGGCGUUUUUUCUAUGAAACAUGUGGCUCAAAUAGCUGGGAGCAAAAUUUGUGAGUUACUAGGCCACCCAGCAUUGCAAAAUCUGAUCAAGAAUCCGCCGCAGGAUCCUCCCUACGACCUAGUUAUUAUAGAGGUGUUUAUGGCGCCAUGUUACUUGGCCUUCGGUCGUCUGCUCAAAGUCCCGAUGGUAGGCAUAAUGACCACCGCCUUCCACGACUGGCUCAACGAAGUGUCCGGCAAUCCAUGCAAUCUCGCCUUCAUCCCGAACCUAUUUUCGGCGUUCAAGCAAGACAUGAACUUCAAGGAGCGAUUCAUCAACUUUCUCAUGACAAAUAUGAUCUCCAUACAGAUCCACUACUAUACGAGCUUCCAGGUGGAAUAUGUGAGGAAGUACUUUGAUAUCGAAAACACGUCCAUCAAGGAGCUGUACAACGAUGUAUCUUUGUAUCUGGUGAACACGCAUCCCGCAUUGCACGGAAUCAGGCCGUACACGCCAUCUAUAAUCGGGGUGGGCGGUUUGCACAUCAAGGGUGAUGGUGAUCCGUUAUCGCAGGAAAUGCAGAAAUGGCUGGACGAAAGCAAGGACGGCUGCAUAUAUUUCACGUUCGGCUCCAUGGUCAGGAUCGAAUCUUUCUCUAAGGAGUUGAUAGAAACAUUCUACGCGUCGUUCAAGAAGAUUGCGCCGGUCCGCGUGUUGAUGAAAAUUGCAAGGAAGGAGGAUCUGCUCCCGGGAUUGCCAAAUAACGUGAUGAUACAGCCGUGGUUUCCGCAAGUCGCCGUUCUUAAACACAAAAACAUACGGGCUUUCAUUACACAUGGCGGGCUCAUGGGAACGCAGGAAGCAAUCUCUUACGGAGUCCCCAUGAUCGGCAUCCCUCUAUUUGGCGAUCAACGUGUCAAUAUCCAGUCUUACGUCAGGAAGAAGGUGGCUAUCUCGCUGAACUCUAUAUACGACGUCACCGAGGAGAAAUUAACAUCGGCAUUGAAUACUAUCCUGAAGGAUCCCACUUAUCGCGAGAACGUACAGAAACUCUCGAGGUUGUUUCUCGAUCGUCCCAUGAAUGCUCUGGAUACGGCUAUAUAUUGGGUGGAAUAUGUUGUGAAACAUGGUAACUUCCUUCAGUCACCGGCCAUGCAUCUCUCUUGGUGGCAACAUCACUUACUAGACGUUUAUGCCUUCUUAUUGUUCGUGGUUAGCGCGGUGCUUUUGGCCGCACUGUUUAUUCUGCGAAAGAUCAAGAGGCUCUUGUUCGGAACGCGUGCGUGCACGAAGGACAGCGCAGCGGUCAAGUCAAAGAAAGACAAGUAGGCAGAACAGAAGCAGAAUUUUAUGCAAUGACUUGCCGUUUAUGCGCUUUGCGCGAAAGAAGAACAAUAGCCGGCAACGAAUUGUUAGGAGGGAGAGAAAUAUUUUUCAUUCUCUCUCUCUUUCUAUUUUCCUUUCAAUAUUCUAUAUAUGUAUGCAGGAGAUUUUAAUAAAGUGUAU